CAAACUUGACUGAUUUCUGUGAGAAUCUUGGAUUCCAGUAGGUCUUCGGCAGUAUUUGUGAUGAUUGGGAUGCAGUUCAGCAGAUGAUCCAUCAGAAAAAUUCUGCCACUUUUCCAAGUGAUCAACCAGAAGUCAAGUUAUUAUUUGUUGCUCUUACAACUGGGAUCGACAACAAGACUCAGGGAGUCAGGGAGUGUGUAUGUGUUUGUAUAAAUGUACAUUCCUCUUUUAAAUGCUGGACGACUGCACGCUUUCCCUGAAGAUAGUUCAGUACGGGUUACAUAACAGUGCUUUGUGACAGCCAUCAACCCUGAUGCGUCUGAUUCCCUAUUUCCCCUCACACACACACUCAUUCGUCAGGUAAAGCACGCGCAUACAGGAACAUGCCCUCUAGGGUUUGCUGCUUGUGUCCUUGAAAUACAACAUGUCAGACUGUCAAACCUAGAGUCCGGCUCUUCUGCAGAACAGAGGCGGAGUGUGUGUGUGUGUGUGUGUGUGUGUGUGUGCUGUGAUCGACGUGCCCUGUCCUCCUGCGGUGCACUUACGCCACACCGUGCUUUUGACGCCAGUGAGUUUUUACACUCACUUCUCGCCCUCCUCCUCUGCUCCUGUUUCUCGCGCCCUCCCUCCAUCCAUCUCUCCCUCCCGCGCUGCCUUGUUUUCCAGCUCACUAGUGUUCAGUAGUGUUGAGGCGGACAGCAGGCUGAGAGAUAGAUAGGAAGAAAGUCUGCGGUUUAACAGUGGCUCGCACCGCACCAUCCUGCCCCGCGCUGUCCUCUUCAGCCAUGUGGCUCCUGGACUGGAUCGUUUCGCUUAAUACUGCUGUGGUGAAGCUCGCCAGCGGGCUGAGGUGCAAGCCUGAUCCUCACCCGAGGGGCGCCGCGCAGCAGCCUGACGCUCUGCAGGAGCAAGAUGAAGAGAUCCUGGGCUCCGAUGAUGAAGAACAGGAGGAUCCCAAUGAUUACUGCAAGGGUGGUUACCACCAUGUGAAAAUAGGCGACCUGUUCAACGGACGGUAUCAUGUAAUCCGCAAGCUGGGUUGGGGCCACUUUUCCACUGUUUGGCUUGCCUGGGACACACAAGGGAAGCGUUUUGUGGCCAUGAAAGUGGUGAAGAGCGCCGAACACUACACUGAAACAGCCCUGGAUGAGAUCAAGCUCCUGAAAGCUGUCAGGAACACAGACCAGAAUGAUCCCAGCAGAGAGAAAGUGGUGCAGUUAUUGGAUGACUUCAAGAUCUCAGGCGUCAACGGAACCCAUGUGUGUAUGGUGUUUGAAGUUCUCGGCCACCAUCUGCUCAAGUGGAUUAUUAAGUCUAAUUAUCAGGGCCUGCCUCUGCCGUGUGUCAAAAGCAUCAUUCGACAGGUUCUGCAAGGCCUGGAUUACCUGCACACCAAGUGUAAGAUCAUUCACACUGACAUAAAGCCAGAGAACAUCCUCAUGGACGUCAAUGAAGCGUAUGUAAAGAGACUGGCAGCGGAGGCCACAGAAUGGCAGAAAUCUGGAGCUCCACCGCCUUCUGGGUCCGCAGUGAGUACAGCUCCAGCCCCAAAACAAGCGACUAAAAUGUCCAAGAACAAGAAGAAAAAGAUGAAGAAGAAGCAGAAGCGUCAGGCGGAGCUCUUGGAGAAGAGGAUUCUGGAGAUCGAGGGACUGGAGAAAGGGCUAGAUGGAGGAGAAGAGGAAGAUGAGGAUGAAACGGAGACGCCCGACAGCACCCCGUCAGUGCCCAGCAGUCACACGCUACAGGACAUCAGCACUGAGACCACACUGGAUGGCACCUCAGAAGCUUGGUCUCAGGUCACAGGAUCCGUCAACGGUCACAUCCCGAGCCCAGAAGACGAGCAGAGCCUUGACGUCCAGCAGCAGAUGAAGGACGAGACCCCUGUUAACCCCUACGACAGCGGCAACGAGACCUCCGAGCCCACCAACCCCUACCCAGCAUGCAACGGCACAGAAGAGACCGAGCCCAGCCCCGCAUGCCUGUCCGCCGCUGACGGUAAUGGAGCUUUGAUUAGUGGCAUGGUUGAGUCUCAGGGCUGUAGGGUGCAGGAUGGAGAAAGCCUGACGGCGGAGCUGAAGGAUCCCAGAGCGGAGAUGGAGGCGGAGCCCGGCACGCAGGCGGUCCCAGAAGAGGAGGAGAGCCUGAAGGACGCUAAAACUGCAGCAGGAAACCUGCUAGUCAACCCUCUGGAGCCGCUAAACGCUGAGAAGAUCCAGGUGAAAAUCGCUGACCUGGGCAAUGCCUGCUGGGUGCACAAGCACUUCACAGAUGACAUUCAGACGCGGCAGUAUCGCUCUCUGGAGGUGCUGAUCGGAACGGGAUACGGUACUCCAGCAGACAUCUGGAGCACAGCCUGCAUGGCGUUUGAGCUGGCUACCGGAGAUUACCUGUUUGAGCCUCACUCCGGAGAGGAUUAUUCCAGAGAUGAAGAUCACAUCGCAUUGAUCAUUGAGCUGCUGGGGAAGAUUCCUCGUAAACUCGUCAUGAAUGGCAAAUAUUCCAAGGAGUUCUUCACCAAGAAAGGUGACCUAAGGCACAUCACCAAACUGAAACCGUGGGGUUUACAGGACGUCCUGGUGGAAAAGUACGAGUGGCACCGAGAGGAAGCACAGAAUUUCUCCGACUUCCUCCUGCCGAUGUUGGAUCUCAUCCCAGAGAAAAGAGCCACGGCCGCCGAGUGCCUCCGUCAUUCCUGGAUCAACUCCUAGUGGUCAAAAUCACAUACACCUACACACACACACACACACUCAUGCACUUCUCUGAACUCAUGAACUAUCACACUGACAGACCCUUCUGUCUGAGGAGCCGAUAACAGCAGAUCUGAUCUCAAUCCAUUUCUUUUUUUACUAUAAUUUAGGUGUACCGACAUUUCCGUGGCUCGUGCUCUUAAACAUUUAUCUAACAAUCACUUUUCUAUCAAUUUCCAUCAUAUCACAGGGAUGCUUCGAGACACUUCUGGAUUGAUUUCUCUUUUAGAAGGCUGGAUUUGCUCCAGUUUCACUGACCGUGACCGUUUUUUAGUCCAUGUCCGCCAGUAACUCGGACUCGGUAGCUGAUUGUAGUGUUUCUUCACCGUAUUAAUAAACGAUUGUUAAUCGCAA